CUCUCUCGCCUGGAAACAUUUUCGUUUCUCACAAUUUCCCGCUUCACUAAUCACAAAAUAAGCUCUCUCCCUCGAUAAAUUUGGAGAGGUGAUUGGAAGGCAUCCUUAGCCGGUUUAUUGGAGAGGUUGAUUCCCAGACUAGAAGUUGAGAUAAACUAUCAAUAAUGGGGUUGCCAAGAUUUGGGCGGCCGAAGGGUGUGGAUAUGCAAGGCAAGUUGAGUCCCAACCUUUUUGUGGCCAACUGUGGGCCGGCAGUAGGGCUUUCUCAUGACACCAUUGCAUCAGUGUUUGCUGCCUUUGGGGAAGUGAAUGGAGUCUUUGCAGCUGAUGAGAGUGGUGCACGUGUUAUCGUUUCUUAUUGUGAUGAGAGUACUGCUACAGCUGCCUUGGAAGCAUUGGAUGGACACCCUUGUCCUGAGCUUGGAGGCCGCACUUUGCACAUUCGGUAUUCAGUACUACAACCUACUGCACCGGAUCAGAUCAAUGACUCAGUUCCAGUGUCUUUGGUGGCUUCUGAUUUGAACAUUCCAGGGCUUUACUUAUUGCAUGACUUUGUCAGCACUAAAGAAGAGGAGGAAUUGCUUGCAUCCAUUGAUGAAAGGCCUUGGAAAAGUCUUGCCAAAAGAAGGGUUCAGCAUUAUGGCUAUGAGUUUUGCUAUGAAACAAGGAAUGUCAAUACAAGACAGCACUUAGGUGAACUUCCAUCAUUUGUUUCCCCCAUUCUUGAAAAGAUCUCACUCUUUCCAGACCUUGACAAUGCUGCAAGUAUAGUUUUGGACCAACUGACGGUUAAUGAGUACCCACCUGGGGUUGGCUUGUCCCCACAUAUAGAUACCCAUUCUGCAUUUGAGGGAUUUAUAUUCAGCCUUUCAUUGGCAGGGCCUUGCAUAAUGGAGUUCAGGAGAUACACAGAUGGUGAUUGGCUUAAUAACAAUACAAAAACGCAAACUCCUGAAAAUGGCUCAAAUUUCUUAAGGAGGGCUAUUUACCUUCCCCCUCGGUCCAUACUCCUAUUAUCUGGGGAAGCACGUUAUGCUUGGCAUCAUUACAUUCCACACCACAAGAUUGAUUUGGUAAAGGACAGUGUGAUCAGAAGGGCUUCAAGGAGGGUGUCUUUCACUUUCCGUAAGGUUAGAGCUGAUCCUUGCCAAUGUGACUUUCCCCAAUAUUGUGAUUCUCAGAGAUAAGAAGACUGGUUUUUGUACUGAUUGAAAACGCAGACUGACCAUUCAACCCUCUGAUGUAACAAUGAUUAUAAUUGUUUGUAGGAGAUGUUUAGUGAGGAACAACACAAUUUUGAGGUGGACUUAUAUUCCAAGAUGAUUCAUUCUCUUAUUUUCCAAGGAAUCAUACAUAUGGUUCCACUUAAAGAUAGUGUAGGUUCACUUAUCAAGGUACUGCAUUUGUAUCAUUUUUUGUUGUCGUUAAUUCAAGGAAUUCAGUGAUUUUCUUCUAUAAUAUGUACUUUUUCUGUAAGUACAUUCUUGCCCCCUGUAUUGGACAAUAUAGAAAUUUAAUGAAGUGGGCUCUGAUGUUAUUUUGAUAU